CCUCUUGGUAGGGUCCGUGACAUAGCGCCUGGUUACUCGGAGAUAUAUGGAUCGCAAGGUCUACUAGAGAGACUGUGCCGCCCUCCUAAGUCAUAGACCAGUCCGGCGAAAAGAAAAUAAUUGGUCAAGAUGGCGCCCAACCUGUGCAGGAGGCGGCAGUGGAUAAAACUGUGUUUCUCCCUUGUUUCCAUUGUUCUGUGCUGUUAUGCAUCAGGAGUGUUUUCCCUCCUUCGUUCUGGGUACACCACAAGGGCAGGGUCAGACGAACCGAUAAAGAGUUCAUCGCUAAGGUUUUCACGGAAGACUGGGGGCACGGGUCGCUACGUGGUGAGGGAGGCGGGGCAGGUCUGGCCGAAACCACAACACCAGGUGUCAACGGGAGACGUGUUUGUUUUAAGCAGAGACACUUUCAAUUUCACCUAUGCACCUGGUUCACAUCGUUGUGAAAUACUGGACCUAGCAUUUGGGCGAUACACUGAGAUCAUCUUUAGUAUCGAUGAAGCUGCCACUGGCAGUAAGUGUGAUGCUGACACCACCUGUCUCGUUGUGCUGGAGGUCAGCGUUAAGGAGUCUUGUAAGGGGGCUUCUCCACACCUGGGCGCCAAGGAAAACUAUGAACUGUCAGUGGCCAGAGAAGGUGUCAAAUUAAAGACUGAUUCUGUCUGGGGUGCCCUCAGAGGGUUGGAGACAUUUUCUCAGCUUAUCUACAGAGGCGAACAUGGUUUGUAUACCGUGAACAGAACAGAUAUCCAAGACUUCCCCAGAUUUCCACACAGAGGUGUUUUACUGGAUACAUCCAGGCACUUUGUACCAGUCAAGUACAUCCUGCAGAACCUGGAUGCCAUGGCCUUCAAUAAGUUCAAUGUGUUUCACUGGCACAUAGUGGAUGAUCCUUCCUUCCCAUAUGAGAGCAUUGCUUUCCCUGAACUUAGUAAAAAGGGGGCCUUUCACCCUGACACACAUGUGUACACUCAGAAGGAUGUGAGAACUAUCCUGGAGUAUGCCAGACUGAGGGGGAUAAGAGUGGUGCCAGAGUUUGACACACCAGGUCACACCCUGUCCUGGGGCCAUGGGCAGCCUAGCCUACUGACUACAUGUUACACUAAGACUGGCAAGCAAAGAGGUGCCCUCAACCCUGUCCUUGAAGCCACCUAUCAGUUCAUGGGUAAACUGCUGCAGGAAAUCAAGGAUGUUUUUCCUGACCAGUUGGUGCAUCUGGGUGGAGACGAGGUCAAUUUUGCAUGUUGGAAAAAUGAUGCAGAAAUUACACAGUUUAUGGAGAAAAGGGGAUUUGAUUACUACGUCAAGCUUCAGACCUACUAUGUACAGAGAAUAAUGAAGAUUGUGGAAUCUUUGGGAAAGGUGUCAGCUGUAUGGGAGGAUGUAGCUGCUAAAGGACAGGAGGGCAGUGUACCAAAAAACACUGUUAUACAGGUGUGGAGGCCUGGUAAAUGGGCUCAGAAGAUGGCACAGGUGACACGGCAUGGCCUAAGAACCAUCCUGUCUGCCUGCUGGUACCUGGAUUUAAUCAGCACAGGGGAAGACUGGCCUCCAUACUACAGAUGUGAUCCUCAUGCUUUCAAUGGAACAAUGGCUCAGAAGGAUCUGGUGCUAGGAGGAGAGGCAUGCCUGUGGGGGGAGUAUGUGGACUGGACUAACCUGCUCUCCCGACUAUGGCCCAGGGCUAGCGCGAUAGCAGAGAGGCUGUGGAGUUCCCAGGACACUACUGAUAUGGAAGACGCAUCAGUUAGGCUUGGGGAACACAGAUGUCGUAUGAUCAGGAGAGGGAUACCAGCACAGCCCCUCCGUCCUAGUGCUUGUCCCUUUGUACCUGUCUGAGAAAGCCGUGGAUAUAUCUGAAUAGAAUCAGAAACAUAUCAUCAUUACAUAAAUGCUGCAAGUAAAUGCCUUGUGGUUCUAUAGAUGAUGGGUCAUCAUGUAAAUGAUAAAGAAAUAACUUUGAUUAUUCAAUGGCCAUCAAAGUACUGAUUUAUGUCUGUCCAUACUGUGCAUAUUACGCAGAUAUCUGUAAAGGCUGUUGAAUAAGUUCUCAAUCAUGUACAGUACAUUGUGUUAACAACUUUAUCCUUUUAUUAUGCAAAUGAAUGUAUUCUGGAACUUUGUUGUAAGUAGGUUGACGUAUUAAAAAAAAUAUUUAGCUAUUUGUAGUUGGUUUUUGUGUGAUUGUUUGUCAUGUCAAACUAAGUGUGAACGGUUCGCUUGAGGUUGUCUUUCUCCAUAUACUCUGUCAUGUCAAACUUUAAGCAAUAAAUGAUUCAAUGCAGCCUCCUUGAGUCAUCAAAGCAAUCGGUAUUCAUCAGCAGUCAGAAUCUUGAUUACCCACUGUUCCAUAAUCCUUAAUUGUAGGUCCAACGUCAUGCAUUGUAUGGUACUGCAGAAUACUCAUUAUGGAUCACUGGUUACAGCAAUGCCAGGCUGUAUGGGAAUGUUUGCUCUGGGUUUAUCUGUAUCCCAGUAUACAUGCAUAAAACAUUUGUGUGCCCUAUUCACAUACAUGUAUCCUGCUUCAUAACCUCAUGUUAUCUGACAAAAAAAAUUCUCAACUGCGCUGGCAGGUAUACCCUUCGCUGGCAGGUAUACCCUUCCCUAUCAGUCAUAGCUUAGCUUUUUAUAGUUCACAGAAAUCUAUCAGACGUGCAGGGACUGCACCAUGGGGCAUGUUAGCUUGUAUAUGACCAAGAAGGUUGGUAUGACACAGGAACAGGUUUAUGCUGAAUUGCAGCUGAAAUGACUCUUCAGUCCACAAAAACUAUCCCUAAAAGGAUGUAAAAGAACAAUUUGGACUAUUGUGCCAGGGGGAAAUGAAAUGACACAAGUGGAUGCUGCUGUCUAAUGGUGUACUAUUAUCACUGGUAGACAUAGGUAAGACAUGCUUAGUGAUAUGCUAAUAUCUUCAAAUACAUUAGAUACAUUGAUGUCAACCCCUUCAAUGAUUGACAACAGCAGUCAAAUACUUUUGAUGAAUCAUGCCUCUUCUGCUAGAUCUAUUCCAGUUUUGGGUUUUGGUCUUUGCAGCUGUACACACUGACUCAACAUGUGGACACUUCCACAUUGUAUUUAUGUAUUCCUAGUGUAGUUUUCAUAUCCAGUGACGACACAUGAAUGACACCGCACAGAAGACUUGGCAGAACAACACAAUGGGCCUGUUUAAUGGAAUCCAGGUGUAACCACAUGCAUGAUUGUAUGCUCAUUUUACAAAAACCCAAGUGUCAAAGCCUUUUUUGUAAGUACUAUAAUACAGCCCACCACAAUAAAUAGUUACAGCAAAGGUAAUGGGAAUGACAGAAACUUUGAAAAUGAUAAUAAUGUAGUGAUGGAAAGGAAGCACUUGCUUGGAUGUGCUUUCAACAGUGGAAAAUGGUUCCCUAGGAGAGGGCCGACAAGCAAGCUUGCCGACAAGAUAUAAGUACAAAGACUAGUCGUCAUUCCAGUAUGGCAGAUACACUUACCAUGUUCCUUAAGGUGGCGUAUGACUUGCAACAGAAAUAGAGCAAUGGCAUACCCACCUGAACAUGGCAGUGCAGGGUGGAUGGUGUUGUAUAGAGCUAUGUAGGCCAUUGAGGGGAUGUAUACUUAGCAUCUCUUUCACAGCAAAUUGUUGAGCAGAAUGCUAGGCAAUAAGUACAGCCCUGUUACUGAUGGUCCAAUUUGUAUCUUUGUCUUUUGGUAGAAGUGACAAUGAAAUAGAGAUAGUGGAGGUGCCUUUCCACUGUUGUAUGUUACUCUUCAAUUCAAGGGCUAACAGUCUCCAGACUCAUCUUCAUUGAUGCCAAGAUAUACAGGUCCCCAAGGCCAACUGGAUAUAAGUUUUCAGUCAGUGUGAGGUAGAAGUUAGUACAGAAUCCUGUACAGAGGAACCAAUUCUCACAGUGAAAAUAUCCAGGCAAGUCAAGAGGGGCUUCGAAACAAAGGCAACAAAAACUUAACAAGUUGUACAUAGCAGCAAAUAAAUGUUAACUACUGACAUUAAAACAUAAGGUCACAUGUGUUAGCUAGUGUUUCUUUGAGAAGUGGCUAUUCCUUGCAACCUACUUAAAUGAACAUACUGUUGGCCUCAAAGAAAGGUCAGAAAUCUAUUUGGUGCAUACUUUGAAAUGUUAGCUGUGGGUUUGUGUAUUUGCAUUCAUAGCAAAGGAACUCAGUGGUCCAGCACUUUGUAAAACUAAAAUCUUUGAACGGAAUAAAAGAACAAACUCUGUGGUAAAGCACAACAAGACCAUGACCACUCCUGUAUUUCAACCUGACAUACACGUGUACAGAACUUGAUAACAGUUCACAUGACCAUUGAAUAACACUUUUUCAUAGCCAGGGUAAUUGGUUAGACCUGUUUUCUUUAAGUAGUCACAUAAGUACAAAGCACUGAGGACUGUACACAUGCAUUCGUACGGCACAAGACACAAUUUUUUUUAUAAGAAGCUACCUGCCUACUUCUCUCUUCCUCAUCUACGUGGAAUGCUCUUGAGACCCACAGAGUGACCUAUGACCUUGCUUAAAUACAAAUAUGCUAUCUAGGCGCACCACCACAACACCACAUAUUACAUACAAAUCUGAAAAAAUCUCCCUACAAGCAACCACAGGAGGAGUCCCCUGUAUACAGCCUGUGGCUACUUCUAAGGUUUUACUAAAAUCAAAAAGUAAAAAAAAAAAA